CAAUAUAUAUAUAAACAUUGAUGUAGAGAAAAACCUUUUAUUAGCUAAGUAAUAACACAACUCAAACAAGUAAUCGCUUUUGCUUUGGUUCUUCUUCUUGUUAAAGGAAAUGGGUUCUCUAAUGGCAGGCUGGGACUCUCCAUUCCGAGACCCUAAAUACGCGGCAUAUCAGAGGAAUCGGUCGUUCACGAAAGAAGAGAUAGAAGCUUACUGGAAAUCGAAGAAGAAAGUGGAGGAGGAGCUUCGCAAGGCCACUUCUAGCUCGUCCGAUGAUGUUUCUCAGGAAGCUGGAACUAAGUAUCAGAGAUCGAAGUCACCGCCUAUGACAAAUGAUGCCAAGGGAGCCAACUUCACGGAGAUGGAAGCAGCGGCUUGGGAGAAGCUUAUCAAGACCAAUGGCUGGUGGACUAGGAGCAAUUGGGCGUUUCUAAAUGAACCGCCGGUGGGCGAAGGAACUACCAACAGCUACGCCUCCCAGUUCCACGUGGCCGAUCCCAGCCGCUCGAAGCUAAAUGACGGCGCUGGGUCGAGCCCAUGAGUCUAUGCUGGGUCGGAUCGUACCUCAGCUCAUAUAUGUACUGAUUGUAUAUGCGUACGUAGAAAUAUACUCGUACACAGUUCAAAGAGUGUGCAAAUCCCAUGUGUAAGUUCGGGGUUAUCUUCUUCUUCUUAACGCUUUUUGCUUUUUGUAUGUAAGAAUGGGAAAUUGUGGCUGAUGAGUUCAAUGGGAGUGUCUUAGUUAUGUAAUUAAUUAAAAAAUCCUCCCUUUUUUCCUUUA